CAAGAUACGUCGGAGUGCGUUUGAGGAAACGUCAAGGAUUCCUGCAUCUCGAGAUGAUACCUUGCCGGACACUCUUCUGGAACUGCUGACCUUUCCACGACCUACACCUUCUCUUCUGCCCUGAUCACCUCCGUCACAUUCGCAUCAGGCUGUGCCCCUCACUGAAGCUCGUCUCGUGGGCGACCCCUUCGAACGUCUUCCGCGUGUAUAUCAACGCCGCUCGCCAUGGCUCAGUCCCACAUGGCCAUGAGCAUGGACCCCCCUCCGCGAUGGCUCGAUCAACCAGUGAUGCUCCAUUCUUCCCGAGCGUACAAAUGCUCCCUGAACCACACAGAGCAAUGCGAAUAUCAACAGGGAUACUGGCGAUUCUGGUACGAGCUCGACCAUCGAUACGCGCUGCCGACCGUAGCCUUCUUCAUGACGGCAAUAAUCUUGUUCGCAGUUCCGUUCCUUCUGUCCCCAUUCGUUUCUGCAACAGCGCAUUCAAAGCAAGUGCGCAGGAUCCUUGCGCUUAAUCGCUAUCUCAGCUAUCGGGCCUACCGAUUACCACUCUUGAAUUGGAACUCAGCACCCAUCGGCGUGCUUCUACUCGGUGCUAUAGGGACGAUUUUCUUUUUUAGCAUGACACUGGGGCCCAAGCCGUACUACUGGCCGAACGAGAAGAAUCCGGAGACAGGAAAAGUCACGCUAUCUUUCGGCAACUCGCCUUCGAUCGCUUCGAGGUCGGGGUGGAUGUCGCUGGCCUGUCUGCCGUUCAUCAUAGCCACAAGCAGCAAGAGCAACAUGAUCACAACGGUCACAGGAGUCAGUCAUGAGAAACUGCAGGUCUUUCACCGAUGGAUCAGCUAUGCAUGCUUUGUACUGGCAUUGAUACAUACCUUUCCCUUCAUCGUAUACCACAUCUGGAAAGGCGAUAUGGUCAAGAGAUGGAACGAGGAUGUCUUCUACUGGACAGGUGUCGUGGCCCUGGUGCCUCAGGCGUGGUUGACUUUCGCCUCCUUCUCUCCCUUGCGAAACCUGUGCUACGAAUUUUUCAAGGCCUCGCAUUUCCUUGCCGCGCUGGUGUUCGUCGUCUUCUUGUUCCUCCACUGCGACUUCCGGCUCUCAUCAUGGGACUACUUCAUCGCGACAGGAGUCAUCUUCUCGCUCACUUUCCUACACAGCCAGCUUCGAAUCUAUUUCCAGCAUGGACUCAAGAAAGCCAAGAUAAGUCUAGCCUCAAAUGGCUUCAUCAAAGUUUCCAUCCCGACCAAGACGACUUGGCGAGCUGGCCAGCACUACUUCAUCCGCUUGAUUGGCUUGGGCACGCAUGGUCUCACAGCACAUCCAUUUACGGCGUGUAGUCUGCCAAGUAAAGCUCACUACUACGAGGCAAAGGAGAGCGAACUAAUCUUCUACAUUCGACCACAAGGAGGCUUCACAGCCCGACUAGCAAAGUUUGCCGAGAAGCACCCAAACGCCAGCAUGCGCGUACUUCUCGAUGGGCCUUACGGUGGUAUCGACAUGCGCAAACUCGUCUCGAGUCAGAAGACUCUGGCGUUGGCAGGAGGCUCCGGAGCAGGCUGGCUUUUACCACUAAUCGAAGCGUUCCUUCGAAGAAAAGAUUGGCUCUCAGCUGGCUGUGAUCCAGAAAGUGGGAGAAUGGGGGCUCUUUGCGAUGGUGAAGGACCAGAAAUGAAAGUCAUCCUCGCGACCCGUGAUCUUGCAACACGUGACUGGUUCGAAGAAGCGAUCUGCGGAGUCCUCAAUGCAAGCCUGACUGGCUGCUGCCCGAGCGGACUCAGUGUCGAGAUAUAUUUCACCGGCAAAGAAGAGAACAAGAUGGCAGCAAAACAGACUGCACGGUCCUUACAAGCUCUAGAUGAACCUGAGAAGGCACCUGAUGCUGAGAUCAACAUUGCUGCCAAGACUUCGUCGAAAUCAUCGGAUUCUGGUGCCGAGAAAGUCGGAGCUCUGCUGAGUCCAACAGAUCAUGCGUCAAGACCGGAUCUCCCUGCGAUAAUCAGAGAAGCCGCUGCAGAGAGCGUGAGUAGUAUGAGGGUGUUCUGCUGUGGACCUCUAAGUAUGCAAAACGACGUACAGAAUGCAGUCGCGAGGGAGCAACUUGCUGCAAUGAGAGAUGGCAGUAAAGAUAUUUACUUGCAUAUGGAACAUUUCUCAUGGGCAUAGAGUUCACUAGUCAUCGCAGAAUCCAUGCCGUUCAUUUCAAUCGUCAUCUGAUCUGAACCAUUCAUCUCUUCCAUUCCUAUCCAGAUAUCAAUCAAUACACCCUCUAUUCAUCUUCUAUCCACUCUCCAUUCACCUAUCCAACCCCAACCCCAGAAAGACUCCAAGGAAAACAGCAAAUCCAUCCAAGGCAGCUUUGUCGUGGAGAGAAGUAUGGAUCAACGUGGCGAUGACGAGCAAGAUAACACCUGUGAUGAGGCGAUCGACAGUCGGGCGGUGGCGUGGGUGAUCGCUGAAGAUUCCCACAACGCCGUGAGUUAGGUUCUUGGCGGCGAGAUACCAGAUCAUCGAGAAGAAGAGCUGGGUGGCGAUUCCGAAUGUUGCUAGCGACGUGUGCCACAGCGCUUCGGUGUAGUGCUUUGGUGCUGAGAAGAUGGCCAUGGUACCGUGCGGUUGAAGACGAUUGGGGGGAAUUUGUGUUUUCAACAAGGUCGGAUGAAGGGAAGGUUAUGUCUUUCGCACAUUGCAAUGUGCUCUCGAUGCAUUCGUGUCGGGCAUCAUGCAUUCC